GGCAGAGCCGGGAGAGGGACCGGGGAAACCGGGAGAGCGGGCAGACGAGGAUUGGCACGGCCCGAGGCACCUGCUCUCACCGGCCCCGGGCCCCGCCGUUCCUCUUAGGUGGGCGUCAGAAAAGAAUCAGAGCGGUGGCUCCCGAAACGGAGCAGAGCGGUCUCUGCCGCUCCGCCCCUCUGUCCCUCAGCCCCGUCCCGCUCCCCGCCGUCCCGGUGCCCCCCUCUCCCCCCCUCCCGCCGCCCGGUGCGUGUCGGGCUCUGACGUCAGCCCCGGCUCCCGGACCGAUAUAACCCCCGGCCGCGCCGCCGGCUCAGCUCCCGCGGGACGGAUCGCUCUCGCCCCUCCGCCAGCACCGGCAGGAACAGGGCACGGGCGCAGCGCACCGGGUACGGGACGGGGCUUGGGAACCGGGCAGGGACAGCGCCGGGGCCAGGGGGGCGCGGAGGGGACGGAACGGGGCGGCCGGGAGCGGAGAGGGAUCGGCGCGGGACGGUCCCCGCUCCGCCGGGGCCGCGAUUCCCGUCGGGUUUCCGCAGCCGCGCCGGUCUCUGCUGUGGCGCUGAGCUCCUGGCCCCGUAGGUGCGGAGGGACCGAGGAUGCGGCGGGCACUGCUCACCCUUCUGCUGCUGCUCGCCCCGAUCCCGCCGCCCGCCGCCGCCCGGCCCGCCACCACCGACGGCUCCAUGCCGGCGGCCCCGAUCGGGGCUCAGGACCACCCGCUCUGGCCGCCGCUGGCGCCGCCGCCCUCGGAGCCGUGGCGAAGGCGGCGGGACGAGCCACCGCUCUCCAUCGACCUCACCUUCCACCUCCUGCGGCACCUCUUGCUGCUCGCCCGCGCCCAGAGCCAGCGCGCCCGCGCCGAUUCCAACCGCCGCAUCCUCGACGCCGUGGGGCGCUGACACCUCGGAACUCCCGGAUGCCCCGAACCCCCCGUAACCCUGGGGCUGCACCGGCUCCAGCCACCGCCUCGGCCUCUGCACCUUAGGGCGCUCGGCACCAACACCGGCACGGGCUGAA